AUGAGUGAUCGCUACAGCAAAGGGUCCUCUCGAUCCACGCGUGAUGAUUCUAGGACGCACAAGGGAAGGCGACGGUCUAGAUCGAGAUCGCGUUCGCCGAAUCGAAAGCACUCUCCACCAGCUGGACGUUGGGAUUCACGAGAAACAAGUUCCAGAAGCCGCGACUUACAACAUCGAGACAAAAAAAGAGAUUCCGUUGAUGAUUGGGAUGACUCUGAUGAAGAAGUACCCCCGCCACCACCUCCACCUCGCAUCAGCAAAAUCUCUAUUGGAUUUAGUAAACCCAAAGCGCCCAUCAAAAUGACGUUGGGUGGACCAGCAAAAGCAUCUAUAAAUCCAAAACCCACAGUUGCAUCAGUUUUCAAUGCUGAUGAUGAUGAUGAAGAACCUGAGGAAAUGCCAGCAGAAGCACGUAUGAGAAUGAGGAAUAUUGGGAGAGAAACACCAACAUCGGCUGGUCCAAACUCCUUCGGUAAAACCAAACAAGGUUUUUGUGAUGCCAAGAAGGUAUUCGAGAAGAAUCUGAAACAUGCUUUAGAAUCAGUGGACAGGCCAACAAUGUCAAAACUGCCUCAAACAAUAUACAAGAUCAAGGGGCCAUGA